AUGAGUUCCAUCCCCCCGAGUUCCGCACCAGUGCGUGUUUUCAUUGCUGGUGGCAGCUAUGCCGGCCUCUCUACUGCCCUGAAUCUGCUGGAUCUGGCCUCUGGUGCCAGCCCGCGCAUGGCUGGUCAGGCGUACCCCCACGUCACCGACUUCGAGAAGAUGGCCGUCGAGAUCACCAUCGCCGACGAGCGAGACGGAUUCUAUCAUCUUAUUGGCUCCCCGCUUGCUCUCGCCGACUCCGACUACUCUAAAAAGGCCUGGGUCAAGUUCCAAGACAUUCCCGGUCUGCAGCACCCCAACAUCAGAGUCGUCAUCGGCUCCGUCACCAGUGUCGACUGUGCCUCCAAGACCGUCACGACUCUCGACGCCGUCACCAAGGUCGCGACCGAACAUACCUACGACUUCUUUGUCGCCGCAUCAGGCCUCCGUCGUGUGUGGCCUGUGGUCCCACAGUCACUCUCCCGCAAACAGUACCUGGUUGAAGCAGCUGAGCAUAUCCACGCUGUUAGCAAUGCCCAGCACGGUGUUGUGGUCGUCGGUGGCGGCGCUGUCGGUAUCGAGAUGGCUGCCGAACUCAAGGUUGUUCAUCCUCGAAUUGACGUUACGCUCGUGCACUCGCGUGACAAGCUGCUCUCCUCCGAGGCGCUCUCUGACGAGUGCAAGGACAUUGCGCUAGCGCUGCUGCGUGAGAGUGGCGUAAAUGUGCUGAUGAACCACCGUCUCAGCAAGUCCGCACGUGUGGAUACAAUGGAUGGAAGCACCAAGUACGAGAUUGAGUUUGUCAAUGGUCACAAGAUGGCAGCUAGUGAGGUCAUCAUGGCUGUUUCGCAGCCUGCCUCAACCACCACGUAUAUGCCCUCCACGGCCCUAGAUGAAAAUAAUCUGGUCAAGAUUAACCCAAACCUCACUAUUGUGGAGGGAACCCCCAAUGCCGACUACCAUUUCUGUGCCGGCGAUGCUGCCCGCUGGAGCGGAAUUAAGCGCUGUGGUGGCGCCAUGCAUGGCGGCCACUUCGUCGCCCAUAACAUUCAUCAGACCAUCUUGCGCGACCGAGUCACUGGCGGCCAUGAAGCCAAGUAUAGCGAGCUCACACAGUUCCCGGCCGUCAUUGGUCUCGCUGUUGGCAAGAAGGCUGUUGCUUCUAGCCCCGACAGUGGCACUGUCUCAGGCGAAGAUGUUAUGCAUGCCUAUUUCCGCGACGAUUUGGGCUUUGACAUUUGCUGGGAAUAUAUGCAGCUAGGCGGAAAAAAGGAGACCGUGGUCGGCGUAUAA